UCUCGCUCUCACACUCACACACACACACACACACACACACACCCCGCCACCCACCCACCCACAACCUCCUCCUCCUCCUCCUCUCACUCCUAACCCCCCCACCCCCCUCCCCAACCAACCACCACCACCCAACCCCCCUCGCAAGUCUUUGUUAGCCAUGCCUAGCCUGGUAGUACCAGGGAUAAUGGAAAGGAACGGCGGUUUCGGCGAUUUAGGCUGUUUCGGUGGGAGCGGCAAAGACAGAGCGCUGCUGGAGGAUGACCGGGCGCUGCAGCUCGCCCUGGAUCAGCUCUGUUUGCUAGGGCUAGGCGAGCCUUCCUCCUCCUCCUCCUCCUCCGCCGUGGUGCUGGUAGAGGACAGCAACAACAACAACAAUAACCCACCGCCGCCGCCGCCGCCGCCGCCGCCGCCUCCACCGCAGCAGCAGCAGCAGCAGCAGCAGCAGCAGCAACCUCCGCCGCCGCCGCCGCCGCCUCCACCGCCGCCGCAGCAGCAGCAACAGCAGCAACAGCAACAGCAGCAGCAACAGCAACAGCAGCAACAGCAACAGCAGCCGCAGCCUCCACCACCUCCACCGGCCCCGAAGGGUUCGUCGGUUGCCAGCGCCGGAGCGGCGGAACCGAAGUUGUGCGCUUUGUACAAAGAGGCCGAGCUGAGGCUGAAGAGCAGCUCCAACACUACCGAGUGCGUCCCGGUGCCCAGCUCCGAGCACGUGGCCGAGAUCGUGGGACGGCAAGGCUGCAAGAUCAAAGCCCUGCGUGCCAAGACCAACACCUACAUCAAGACGCCGGUGCGGGGCGAGGAGCCUGUGUUCAUGGUGACAGGCAGGAGGGAGGACGUGGCCAUGGCUCGCCGGGAGAUCAUCUCUGCCGCCGAACACUUCUCCAUGAUCAGAGCCUCCCGCAACAAAGCUGGCACCACCUUUGGCAGCGCCCCUGCUUUGCCAGGCCAAGUCACCAUCCGGGUGCGGGUCCCUUACCGUGUGGUCGGCUUAGUGGUGGGACCCAAAGGUGCUACCAUCAAAAGGAUCCAGCAGCAAACCAACACCUACAUCAUCACCCCCAGCCGCGAUCGGGAUCCCGUCUUUGAGAUCACCGGAGCCCCUGGCAACGUGGAGAGGGCUCGGGAGGAGAUCGAGACUCACAUCGCCGUGAGGACGGGCAAGAUCCUGGAGUACAACAACGAGAACGAUUUCCUCUCCUCCAGCAGCCCCGAUUCUGCCCUGGAGAAUCGUUACUCGGAGGCUUGGAGGGUUCAUCCCCCGGCGCCGGGAUGCAAACCUCUCUCCACCUUCCGUCAGAACAGCCUGGGCUGCAUCGGCGACUGCUCCGUCGAGCCUGUCUACGAGACCCCCAGGCUCAACGACCAAAACGACUUCAACUACGGUUACCUCUUCCCUAACUACGGCGUCAAUAAGCAAGAUCUUUACUACGGCGUGCCGGAAUCCGGGGCGCCUAUGUGGGCAGGGCAGGAGAACACCAAUCCGGUCUCGGUGCUCUUCUCCAAGCAGCAAAGAUCCGGCAGCGCCGGAGCCGUUCACCCCAACUCGCAUCGGUCGCCGUCUUCAUCCAUCCAAGACCCUUCCAACCUUUCCGGGCUUCCCAGGAGGUGUCAGGGGGAAGCUCUCCAAGGGUUUUCCAAGCUGGGAAGCGGCGGUGGAGGAGGAGGUGGAGGUGGAGGAGGAGGUGGAGGUGGAGGUGGAGGAGGUGGAGGAGGAGGAGGAGGCGGCGGCGGCGCCGUCGUGCGGACGUCGGUGUCCGGUAGCCGUGAGUGUAUGGUGUGCUUCGAGAGCGAGGUGACGGCGGCGCUGGUGCCCUGUGGGCACAACCUCUUCUGCAUGGAGUGCGCCGUGAGGAUCUGUGAGAGGACUGACCCCGAGUGCCCUGUGUGCCACGCUGCAGCCACUCAGGCCAUUAGGAUAUUUUCCUGAAGAGUAGGGAAUUUUGGA